AUGAGUGAAGGGGCUGCCUGCGCCUCCCCACCUGGUGCUGCUGCUGCUGAGGAGGGGGCGGCGGCGGCGGCUGGGGGCCCGGACGGGGAUGGGGCUCCCGACCCCCCCAGGGAGCUGCGAUGUAGUGACUGCAUCGUCUGGAACCGGCAGCAGACGUGGCUGUGUGUGGUGCCUCUUUUCAUCGGCUUCAUCGGCUUGGGGCUCAGCCUCAUGCUGCUCAAGUGGAUCGUGGUGGGCUCCGUCAAGGAUUAUGUCCCCACCGAGCUGAUGGAUUCCAAAGGGAUUGGGCAGGACCCCUUCUUCCUCUCCAAGCCAACCACCCCGCCGAAGAGCAUGGAGACCACCACCACCACCACGUCAAGGACACCCAACCGGAUAAGCACCCGCUUAACCACCAUGACUCGGGCACCCACCCGCUUCCCGGGGACCCGGGUCCCCAUCCGGGCGAGCCCCAGAUCUACCACUGUGCGUCAUACAGCUGCCCCCCCUACCAGUCUCUCCACUACGGUCCCCUUCAGCACCACCAUCCUGACCUCCCGUCCGCUACCCGGGACCCCCAGUACCCAGCCAAUGCCCAUCUGGCCCACUGCGGCAUACGCUACCUCCUCCUAUAAGAUCUAUGUUCACGACUCUGCUCCAUCCUGGACCUUAUCUCCCUUCCAGGAGUCCACCACCACCACACCAGAAACUAGCACUAGCCCCAAAUUCCAUACCACAACGUAUUCCACUGAGCGAUCUGAGCACUUUAAGCCAUGCAAAGACAAGGAUCUUGCAUACUGUCUCAAUGAUGGGGAAUGCUUUGUGAUUGAAACCUUAACUGGAUCACACAAACACUGCCGGUGCAAAGAGGGCUACCAAGGAGUCCGCUGUGACCAAUUUUUGCCGAAAACCGACUCAAUCUUGUCAGAUCCAACAGAUCACUUAGGAAUUGAAUUCAUGGAGAGCAAAGAGGUGUACCAACGCCAGGUGCUGUCUAUUUCCUGUAUCGUCUUUGGCAUAGUCAUAGUGGGCAUGCUCUGUGCUGCAUUCUACUUCAAAACAAAGAAACAAACUAAACAAAUUCAGGAACAGCUGAAAGAGACAGAGAAUGGGAAAACCUACAGCCUUAAUGCUUCCAGCAUGAUGGCAAAAUCAGAAACCGUGGCACAAAGCCGAGUCCAGCUGCAAAAUUAUUCAAAGACAGACAGGCAUCCUGGGACUGUGAUGGGAAAAGUUAUGGAGUCUAGUUUUUCAGGCACUCAAUCUUUCCCUGAAGCCUUGUCUCCUGACAGAGGAAGCCAGCCUAUGAAGCAACAUAGAAGUCUCUCUUCGUGCUGCAGUCCAGGACAAAGAAGUGGAAUGCUACACAAGAAUGCCUUUCGGAAGACUCCACCCUUACCUCGGGGUAGGUUCAAUGGAAUUACAGGACCAGCAUAUCAACAGCUAGAAGAGUCAAGGAUCACAGAUCAGGACACAAUACCUUCUCAAGGGUAUGUAAUAAAAACAACUGAAGCAAACAAUCCCCCACCAAUCUGGUGUAGAGAAAGGCUUUUGAACCUUGAGUAUUCAUCCACUGGUUUAAAAACUCCUCAGAAUACUUCAAUAAAUAUGCAACUGCCUUCACGAGAGACCACCCCCUAUUUUAAUAAUGUGGGUCAGAAGGACUUGGUUGGAUAUUCCGCAUCAAGGGCCAACUCAGUUCCCAUCAUCCCGUCGGUGGGCUUGGAUGAAGCCUGCAUGCAAAUGCAAAAUGUUUCUGAAGUAACAGGAAUCAAAUGGUGCAAAAACUCCUAUUCAGCUGAACUUGUCAAUGUCAGUGCCCCAGUCAGCAAUUGUCUUAUAGCAGAACAACAGGAAGUGAAAAUAUUGCUAGAAACUGUCCAGGAGCAGAUUCGAAUUCUGACUGAUGCAAGGAGGUCAGAGGACUAUGAACUGGCAAGCACAGAAUCAGAGAACAGUGCAAGUGAAAACACAGCUUUUCUGCCCAUGAGUCCCCUGGCAAAAUUGGAACGAGAAGCAAAAUUUAUCUUAAAAAGCGAAACACACAGAGACUCGGCAUUGACCAAGUGACUUUGAGGAGAGUGAGGGUGGGGAGAUAAAGGAUCUGUGCACUCAAAGCUUUGCUAAACAGGAAA